AUGAGUUCUCAGCGCCUCUCUGACGAGAAGAAUCCUGAUGGUGUCAUCUCUGCUGUCGAGGCAUCAAGUUACAUCGACCCAAAGGAGGAGAGAGCCUUAGUGUGGCGGUUGGAUGUCUUCUUCUUGACGGUCGCUUUUUUGGGUUACGCCUUCAAGUAUCUUGACCAGACCAAUAUUGUACUUAAUCCACCCCAUAUUUCGCGGAAAUUCCGAAAGCUGACUUUUAAAAAGAGCAAUGCAUACGUGUCGGGCAUGAAAAACGACCUACACAUUGUUGGGAACGAGUACAACUAUUUUACCACAUUUUUCAAGCAUGUCAAUCCUCCACAUGCCGUUAUGUGGGGUAUUUUGACGUGCUGUCUAUCGACCGUCACCGAUUAUAAACAGGUGUAUGGGCUUCGAUUCCUCAUAGGCUUCUGUGAAGGAGCAACCUGGCCUGGUUAUUUCACCAUCAUUAGUCAAUGGUAUUUGCCUCAUGAGAUGGCUCUGAGAAUGAGUCUAUACAAUAUUGCACAGCCAGUGGGUGCCAUGCUAUCUGGUUCUAUGCAAGGAGGACUUUCCACCCACCUUGACGGUGCUCUGGGUCGGGCUGGUUGGCGAUGGGCAUUUAUCAUCAACGGCGUCAUUACUAUUUUUGUGGCCCUCGUCGCCUUUUUUGUUUUGCCAGGUUUUCCUGAGCGCCAGAAUCCAUUUUCGAAGUUCUAUCUUAAUGCUCGGGAUAUCGAGAUUGCUCAAGACCGCAACCGCCGAGUUGGUCGGAAGCCACAGAUUGGAAUCACGCCAAAGACUUUCUUACGCGCUUUUAAGUUCUGGCAUGUGUGGAUGUUUGCAAUCGCCUGGUCAAUUGGUACUGGCACUACGCCCUCCAACUACUUUAAUCUCUGGUUAGAGUCUUUAACCAACUCGGAUGGCACCCUUAAAUACUCAACUGCCAUGCUUGACUAUCUCCCAAUUGCGGGACAAGCGAUUCAGCUCGUUGCAGAACUAUUGUUUAGUGGAUUCAGUGACUACUUUUGUGUCAGAUUGCCAUUCUUGCUCAUCCACGCAGUGAUCAACGUUCUAUCCCUUAUAAUUCUUAUCAUUCGCCCUUCGAGUGAAAGUUUCUACAUGGCGGGCUGGUAUUUGAACUAUGUCGGAGCGUAUGUACCUUUCCUUUUUCUUAUCUCAUCUAUGAAGGAAGUUUACUAA